CAAUCAUAUUCUCUUUUCCUCUCUCUUCCCUCACUUCAACUACCGCAAAUUAAUGUACGCCACGGAACUUUUCGGCGUCUUCGUCGUUCACGGCGUCGAUGCUUCGCCGGCAGUGGCGUCCACCACCCUCAUCAACAACAAGUACUUCAAGAUUACAGCCUUCACCAAACCCACUUCCCAUAAUGGCGUGAAUUUGAGGUCAGAAAAGGCUUUGAAGCCUUAUCGCUGCAGAGCUGACGCAAACUCUGAUUUUUUCUCUGUGACAUCGUCGAACAAGUCCGACGUGGACUACCUUGGACAGAGCACCAAAGGUGAUUUGAAUGUCAAGUCGGAGCAUCUCGAGGCUUUCGGAUUUGAUGGUCAUGCUGCUUUAGAAGGUCCAAUUGAGGAAGUGGCCAGAUCAGAAGCAAGGCAAGCAGAGGAUUUGCUAAAAGAUUUGGGCAUUCCGAGCCCUUCUUCAUCCAGAAAUUCUCCUCGUGGAAUAUUCUGCAGCCGAACAUUGAAUCUGCGGUCCAUCAGUGCCAUUGGAUAUGACAUGGACUAUACCUUGAUUCAUUAUAACGUGAUGGCUUGGGAAGGCAGGGCUUAUGACUACUGUUUGGAAAACCUUAGGAACAUGGGUUUCCCUGUUGAUGGACUUGCCUUUGAUCCUAAUCUGGUAAUUAGAGGCCUUGUCAUAGACAAAGAGAAUGGAAAUUUGGUUAAAGCUGAUCGAUUUGGUUACGUAAAAAGAGCCAUGCAUGGCACCAAAAUGUUAUCUACUCGAGCUGUGAGUGAGAUGUAUGGGAGAGAACUGGUGGACCUGCGAAAGGAGAGUCGAUGGGAGUUUCUCAAUACACUGUUUUCUGUGUCUGAAGCUGUGGCCUACAUGCAGAUGGUUGACAGAUUGGAUGAUGGGACUAUACCAGCAGAUCUUGGCCCUCUCGAUUAUAAAGGACUAUAUAAGGCUGUUGGAAAAGCUCUUUUCUGGGCACAUGUAGAAGGUCGCCUUAAGAGCGAGAUCAUGUCUAAGCCUGAACUUUUUGUGGAGCCUGAUCCAGAAUUACCUUUGGCGCUUCUGGAUCAGAAGGAGGCUGGUAAAAAACUUCUGCUAAUUACCAACUCCGAUUAUCAUUACACUGACAAAAUGAUGCGGCACUCUUUUAAUAAAUUCCUUCCCAAUGAUAUGAGUUGGCGAGAUCUAUUUGACAUUGUAAUUGUCUCAGCAAGAAAACCAGAGUUCUUCCAAACAUCACACCCCAUGUAUGAAGUGGUCACAGACGAGGGGCUUAUGCGUCCAUGCUUCAAGGCUCAGACUGGUGGUUUGUAUUCAGGGGGAAGUGCACAAAUGGUUGAAAAUUCUCUAGGUAUUCAUGGAGAUGAGAUAUUGUAUGUUGGCGACCAUAUUUACACUGAUGUCAGUCAAUCCAAAGUCCAUUUGCGAUGGCGAACAGCAUUGAUUUGUCGAGAACUGGAAGAAGAGUACAAUGCCUUGAUUGGUAGCCGGAGUUAUAGAGAAUCAUUGGUGGAGCUUAUAAAUCAAAAGGAGGUAGUAGGGGAUCUCUUUAACCAACUUCGGCUAGCUCUGCAGAGGCGAAGCAAAGACCGUCCUGCUCAGACCCUAGCAGCAACUAACAUGAAUGAUGAAGACCUCACUGAUAGCAUGCAAAAGCUACUUAUUGUUAUGCAAAGACUGGAUAAGAAAAUUGCUCCAAUGCUGGAGGCUGACGGGGAGCUCUUCAAUUCAAGGUGGGGUUUUCUAUCUCGUGCUGGACUGUGGGAUAAAAGCCACUUGAUGAGACAAAUUGAGAAAUAUGCCGACAUUUAUACAUCUAGGGUGUCAAACUUUUUGGAUUAUACGCCCUUCAUGUAUUUCCGCUCUCAGGAACAGAACCUUGCGCAUGACUCGUACACGUACUAUUGUUCACAAAUUAAUAAUGAGCAUUCUUCCUAGGGUAUAAUAUUGGAGGAAAGCGAAGAAUAAUUAGGAGGAAUAAGAGUCUGUUGCUGACACCAUAAGCAGCUGUUCAUUGUGAUAGUAUUUGAUGCUGCGAUGAUGACGAUACCAUGUAUUAUUUAAGCUGGUAUCAAGUUCAUGAAGGACACUGGUAGCAUGUUUGCCUCAGCCAAGUAGUGUUAGUUGGUCACUGGUUUAUAGGACAACAGUGUCCCAACCGAAAAAUGCUAGGAUUCUGUUUCCGGCUGGCUUGUUUUGCUGUUACACAAAUUCUGACACGUUGUACAAUCCAUUGGUCUUGUAUCAUUAAUGUGAAUGGACGUUACUUGUACAACCCAUGUAGUACAAUCCAUUGGUCUUGUAUCAUUAAUGUUGCAAAUUUCUAGUCAACUGAAAAAUUGUUAAUACAAAAAUUGGAAGCAUUUGUAUU